AUGAGCGAGGGCAAGGAGGGCAAGGAGGGCAAGGAGGGCAAGGAGGGCAAGGAGGGCAAGGAGGGCAAGGAGCAGAAGGCUUUCUGCCGCUCUGUCCCGGCCGAUGCCCAGGCAGCUUUGGCGCGGGCUGUGGCUUCCCUUCUGGGGGAUGGCCAGUGGCCCAGCACUUUGCGAGUCGAACGGAGCCGCGAGUCCGCAUUCGCGCUCCCGGCAGGCUCCACCGCAGUAUCGUCUGCGGUGCAAGCUGCUGGCCCGCUACAGGAUGAGUUGGUGAAGGUGAGCACCAAGCUGGGUCAGUUGGAGCGCGAGCGACAGCGGCUCGCCGAGAGUGGCCUCAGCGUGCUGGCGCGCUGCUCCUCCCAAGAGAGGCCCCGUGCGCGCGAGGAAAGGCUGGAAGCCAGCCCGACAGAGGCCGUGAGCACCCCUGGCUGUUGGCCGACGGGCGCUUGGUCACUGCCCGCUUGGAAGGCGAGAACCUCGCAUUGA